AUGCCUGCUGGAAGCUCCUCCGUCAUCUACCCCAAGGGUACCAAGUUCAACAUGGACUACUACCUCUCAACCCACAUGCCUCUCGUCCAGAAGAACUGGGGCUCAUACGGCCUCAAGAAGUGGACCGUCGUCCAAAUGCCCGAAGACAGCGAGUACUGCGUCCAAGCCAUCCUCGAGUGGGAGUCCGAGGACAGCUCCAAGAAGGCCUUGGCCUCCGAAACCGCCAGCACCGUCUUUGGCGAUGUCAAGAACUUUUCAGACAAGCAGCCCACUUUCUUGGAUGGAAACGUUGUUGGCUCUGCAUAG